CCACACCCCUUGUAGUUUCUAUAAGAUCUGAACCCCCAGCGACCCUGGAUUCAGAAACUGGCCUCCACUCUCCAGAGACCAAGUUAGAAGCCAGGUGGGGCCUCCAGCGGAGCGCGGCCACCAUGGCUCUGAAGUCCCUCGUCCUGUUCUCACUGCUGGUCCUGGUGCUGCUGGUGCUGGUAGAGGCCCAGCCUUCCUCGCUGAGGGAGACUGGGCCUGUGAGGUUCCAGCGGCUGCACUUGGAAUCCCAUCCACGCCAUAAUAUCAUUCCCUCCACCUACUGUCACAAUCAAAUGAGGGCUAGGCAGAUUUUCGACCGAGACUUUAAUGUAUUUGUGCGCGCGUCCCAGGAUGCUGUCCAGGCUAUCUGCGAGUUGCCAAGUGUCCGCUGCAAGAAUGGCAACAUGAACUGCCACAGGAGCACUUCCCCAAUGAAUCUCAUAUACUGUGCAAUGAGCCGGGGGCCCUUGGAUUACACCACCACUCUGGAAACAGGACACAUCACCAUUGCCUGCAGUGACCGGGGUGAGCCCAUACACCUUGAUCGUGUGGAGACUUAAGGCCUGAUAGAAAUGCACCCCACCUCCAACGAUCCCCAUGGCCCCCACUCUCCCGAGCUUUUCCCUCUUUGCCCAAAUGGGAAUAACCCAAGUUGGGCUCCUGGCCAUCCCCCACCAGCAUCCCUGCCUGAAGCUUGCACCACAUGGCUUUGGGGAGUGAGACACAGCUUGUGUGGGGCCCCAUGUUAACCUCCUCUUUCAAUAAAACACACUUGCAA